UGUGCGGUUUAAGCCGAAAGUUUACUGUCCGUUCCGGAGGGCUGUGUUUGUUUCUGUGAUACGAUGUGCCUGGACAUUUGGAGGCACAAGAAGAAGGUGUUGCCGCUGCUACUGCUGAUGGCCAUCGGCAGUAUUAUCUACUAUCUAUAUACCCUGAAAUUGGAGCGGGAGCGUGAUGAAAGUGCAACUUCGACCACUUCUCGUUUGGAGCGUGACAUAAGGGAUCUGCAGGCGGUCUUCGAGUCGGAGGUCAUCCCGGAUCUGGGAGCAUUGGGUCGCCCGGCGCGGGGUAAUUGGACUGAGGAGCAGCUGGAGGCCAUCGCCAAAAGUCAGCGGGAAACGGGUUACAAUGCUUGGCUCUCCAAGCGCAUCUCACCUGAGCGAUCGCUCUACGACAUGCGACAUCGCAGCUGCAAAAAGCUCAAGUACCCGCUGGAAAAGCUCCCGUCGGUCAGUGUGGUGAUAACGUAUCACAAUGAGGAGGCGAGCGUGCUGCUGCGAACGCUGAGCAGCUUAAGGAGCCGGACUCCGAUUCAGCUGCUCCGAGAGGUUAUCCUGGUGGACGACGGGAGCACCCAAGUGGACGAGAAGCUCAACGACUUUAUUAAGAUCAAGUUCCUAAAUAUGGUGCAGCACCGCAGGAUCACAACCCAGGUGGGUCUGAUGCAUGCGAGAGUCGUGGGCUCGGAACUGGCCCUGGCCGAUGUCCUGGUCUUCCUAGACUCCCACGUGGAGGUCACCAAAGGCUGGCUGGAGCCGCUCAUUGCUCCCAUUUUGGAGGACAACAGGACCUGCACUACUCCUAUUAUAGACACCAUUGACUUUGAUAACUUUGCCUACAGAAGAGGCAAGCCGUCGAGGGGCUUCUUUAACUGGGAAUUUAACUAUAUUCAGCUUCCACUUCUCAAGGAAGAGGCGGUAGCCAUGCCAGCUCCGCAUAAGAAUCCCAUAAUGAAUGGCGGUCUAUUUGCUAUUGGACGCGAGUGGUUCUCUGAGCUCGGUGGCUACGAUAAGGGCUUGAAGAUCUGGGGAGCCGAGCAGUUCGAGCUGAGUCUUAAGCUAUGGUUGUGCGGAGGACAGAUCCUAGAAGUCCCCUGCUCUAGGGUUGGUCAUCUCUUUAGAGACGGAAAUUUCCAAGUUCGCUAUACCAAUAAGGAUAAAAAUAGCGAGAAGAAAUUAAUUUCAAGGAACUACCGCCGAGUGGCUGAGAUUUGGUUAGAUGAAUACAAGGACAAGUUAUUUGCCAACAUGCCACAUUUAACAGUGAUUCCGGUGGGCAAUCUCGCCGAGCAACGAGCCCUUAAGAACCGCCUCCACUGCAAGCCUUUCAAGUGGUUUUUGGAUAACCUUGCAACGGAUUUCCUCCAUCUGUAUCCCAUAUUAGAUCCCGCAGAAUACGCUUCGGGAGUAUUACAAAGUAUAGCAUCACCGAAACUCUGCCUGGAUCGCAAAGAUCCUAGUCAUGGUCAACCCAAAUUAGCUCCUUGUAGUUCGGACCACGUAUUCCCAAGUCCACAGCAGUAUUGGAGCCUAACUAAUCAUAGGGAGUUGCGAUCUGGAUUCUACUGCUUGGAGGUGCGCAAUCACGGAGUGAAUGUUCAUAUAUACCAAUGCCAUGGUCAGAGUGGAAACCAGUUCUGGUCCUUCGACUCCAAGACCCAUCAGGUGAUCUCUGGCCAACAGCAGAACUCCAGACAUUGCCUGGAGGCCCAGCCGGAAUUAAAUGCGGUUACUUCGAGUGUCUGUGAUCCGAAGAACCAUAAGCAACAGUGGAAAUUCGGUUAUCUGAAUAGCCAAAGACUGCAACAUUUUUGGGAUAAUGUUAAGACACAAUAGGAGAAUUUUACGGCAUUGUCAAAAGCUAUGUCCUUAACUGCCGAAUAUUAUUUGUAAAUAUAUACUACUUAUAUUUUGUUAUUUAGGAGAGAGCAUGUAAGCGUAUAUUUCUACAAUAACUGGAAUAACUUAAGAAUAUUUGCCUUAAUUACAUUAUAAAGACACAUUAUGCAGUUUUAUUUUCGAGUCCAAUUCUUUCAUUUUCAAAGCCCAAGUUGAGCGGCACUCCAAAAACACUAGUUUUAUAUGCAAAGUAGUACAGAUCAUAAAUGUUGAGAAUAUACUGAACAUGAAAGCAUAUUGAAUGCAAAGAGACCGGCAAGUUCAUCUGAAAAGAAUCCGGCAAAAAAAUAAAAAAUUUAAUGAACUAA